AUGCUUUUCUUGGUUUCAUUAAUUGGAAUUGUAUAUUCGACAUAAUUAACACUUGUGGAACCUUCUUUAACAAUCCCAUCUACAAAGAAUGCUUCAAUGCCAGUCAAUGUGGCUGAUUUUGGAUAUGUUCCAUAUGGGAGAACAGUGGGUGGAAAUUUAACAUACGUUGAAAAUACUUGCAAUCCACUCAACAUAACUUUGAAUUCAAAUAUUGUACUGACGAUGGGAGCAACUUGCAAAUUUUUAGCUUAAGCCAUGAAUGUCCAAUCAGCAGGGGGGAAGAUGCUUGUCAUCAUCUACAAUCACGAGGAAGACAUUAGUAACUUUUUAUUAAUUGCUGAAUAUGGAUCAUAAUAAUCAUUUAUACCAACCAUGAUGAUUAACAAAGCUGAUGGAGAAUUUUUAAUAGAAAAAUUGGAAUCCAUGACUAUUUAUGCUUAAGUCUCUUUUGAGUUGAAACAAUAAGAGAUUGUAGAUCUAUAAUACUUUUUAUCAUCUUUUGAUGUAUUAUCAUAUUUGUUUUUGGAUGAGUUCCUCCCUUUUGCCAAAUAGAUGAUAAAUAAAAUAACAUUUGAUCCAAUCUACAUCUAAUUUUAUUGUAAAGAAUGCGAAAAGACUGGCUAUAAGGCCACCAAUCAAAAUUGUAUAAGUGGUGGUAGAUAUUGCGGAUAAGAUCCAGAUUAAAAUGGUCCCUUGACUGGUAGAGAUGUUAUUUUAGAAGAUCUAAGAUAAAUAUGUAUUCUAUAGAAAUAUGAUCUCAUCACAUGGUGGAAUUACAUGAUACUGUUCAAUGAGUUGUGCUUCAAUAAUUAUCAAGAAUGUCCAUCCAAAAUAAUGAAGUCCAUUUCCAUCAAUGAAACCAUAGUAAAUGAUUGUAUGACAUCUUCAUUCGUUGGAAAAAACACAUUAUUAGAUGACAAUACUAUCUUGAAAGAGUAAAGAUAUAAGAUCAUGAGAAAUCAUUAAGUCUAUUGGCCCUCCUUAUAUAUUAAUGGCGAAUUUUAUAAGGGAGAUUUAUAUUUAAAUAAUGCUGAUGAAAGUACUGUCUUCGAUGUUGAUGACUUUGCAGUUUUGGAAGCUAUUUGCGAUGGAUUUUUGGAUGAUUCUAGACCUACUCUUUGUAAUGCAACAGGAUUCUUUUCCAUAAAGGAUGGAGAACUCUAAGAUUGUAAAUAUAAUUAAUUUAUCUUUUAGAAACAAGUUCCUUGA